AACCUUGCAAUAUUUACACAAAGUAUUAUCAUCAUCAACUUCAGACUGGACACCGUGUCAGCAAGCGCCCUCUUAAAUCAAUAUAUAUAUAACUGUGUCAGAAGCACAACCGUUAUUCUUCCGUUGUUAUAUUUCACGUUGAGGUCCAGUGUUAAUAGUUUUUAUAUUGUAAAGGAAGAGAAUGGGUUUGCCGCAAGUGUAUUUCAAUAUCACUGCAGAUAAGAAGCCUAUCGGCCGUAUCGUGAUAGAAUUGCGACCAGAUGUGGUACCAAAAACUUCAGAGAAUUUUCGUGCUCUCUGUACAGGAGAGAAAGGGUUUGGAUACAAAGGUAGCACCUUUCACCGUGUAAUUCCAAACUUUAUGUGUCAAGGAGGAGAUUUUACAAAUCAUGAUGGCAGCGGAGGUAAAUCUAUCUAUGGAGAGAGGUUCGAAGAUGAAAACUUUGAACUUAAACACACCGGUCCUGGUAUACUUUCCAUGGCCAAUGCUGGACAACAUACCAAUGGAUCUCAAUUUUUCAUAACAACUACUAAAACUCCUUGGUUGGACAAAAAACACGUAGUGUUUGGUUCCGUUAUCGAAGGUAUGGAUGUAGUCAAAAAGAUAGAAAGUAUCGGUUCCCAAUGCGGCAAAACCCAUCAAAAGAUAGUGAUCGCGGAUUGUGGACAGCUUUAAAAGCCUUCCUGUUACAUACAUUUCAAUAAAUAUUUAACAACAUUUC